GUGCGUCCUUCGACCCGACGUCCACUGCGGCAGCACGCUCGCACGCUGAAGGGGGCGGAGCCAUUCAGUGGCUUUAUAUAGUCUGCGCGGACGCCGGGCCGACCUCUAUCGGCGGCGUGUGACUGCGAGAUGUCUCACAGGAAAUUCUCUGCUCCCAGGCAUGGGUCCUUGGGCUUCUUGCCUCGGAAGCGCAGCAGCCGGCAUCGUGGGAAAGUGAAGAGCUUCCCCAAGGAUGACCCUUCCAAGCCUGUUCAUCUCACAGCCUUUCUAGGCUACAAGGCUGGCAUGACCCAUAUCGUCCGGGAAGUUGACAGACCAGGAUCCAAGGUGAAUAAGAAAGAAGUUGUGGAAGCUGUAACCAUUGUGGAAACACCACCCAUGGUAGUUGUGGGCAUCGUGGGAUAUGUCGAAACCCCACGAGGCCUCCGGACCUUCAAGACAGUAUUUGCUGAGCACAUCAGUGAUGAGUGUAAAAGGCGUUUCUACAAGAACUGGCACAAAUCUAAGAAGAAGGCCUUUACCAAAUACUGUAAGAAAUGGCAGGAUGACAUGGGCAAGAAACAGCUGGAGAAGGACUUCAACAGCAUGAAGAAGUACUGCCAAGUCAUCCGCAUCAUUGCCCACACUCAGAUGCGUCUGCUUCCUCUGCGCCAGAAGAAGGCACACUUGAUGGAGAUCCAGGUGAAUGGGGGCACUGUAGCUGAGAAGCUGGACUGGGCCCGGGAGAGGCUGGAGCAGCAGGUGCCUGUGAACCAGGUGUUUGGACAGGAUGAGAUGAUUGAUGUCAUCGGGGUGACAAAAGGCAAAGGCUACAAAGGGGUGACCAGUCGGUGGCACACAAAGAAACUGCCCCGUAAGACCCAUCGCGGGUUGCGCAAGGUUGCCUGUAUUGGAGCCUGGCACCCUGCCCGUGUGGCCUUCUCUGUGGCUCGAGCUGGGCAGAAAGGCUACCAUCAUCGAACAGAGAUUAACAAGAAGAUUUACAAGAUUGGUCAAGGCUACCUCAUCAAGGAUGGGAAGCUGAUCAAGAACAACGCAUCUACCGACUACGACCUGUCUGACAAGAGCAUCAACCCUCUGGGUGGUUUUGUCCAUUAUGGUGAGGUGACCAAUGACUUCGUCAUGCUCAAAGGCUGUGUGGUGGGAACCAAGAAGCGAGUGCUCACUCUGCGCAAGUCCUUGCUGGUGCAGACCAAACGACGUGCUCUGGAGAAGAUUGACCUGAAAUUCAUUGACACCACCUCCAAGUUUGGCCACGGUCGUUUCCAGACCAUGGAGGAGAAGAAAGCAUUUAUGGGACCACUCAAGAAAGACCGCAUUGCCAAGGAGGAAGGUGCCUAAUGCCAGAAGCACUUUGCGCAGCUGGUGGGGUCUCAAUAAAAGUUUUUCCAGUGA